AUGGCAGUCGUCUCGUCGUCGACCUCGUUCCCUGACCUCAGGGCACCGCCAGGCUACCGUAUCAAGCGGAAGCCGCCUCCGACCAUAGAUAUCUCCGAGAGAUAUCCUACGCCUGACCCACAGGACCCUUUCGCGCCACUCUGGGUCCUUAGAAAUAGGACGGGCUCAAGCUUCGGGCCCUCUGCGUACCCGUACGCCCGCCACGCGCCAUAUGGUACACCCAGCCAGGAGACACUCGCCAAUAGCGUGUUCGACGCCCCAGAGUCGCGCCCGCAGUCGCCUGACGCUUACCUGCAUUCCGUCGCCACUCCGCGCGUCCUGAGAAAACCGGCCUCGCUGCGCUCCCCAUCACCAUCGCCGCCAGCGAGGAUAGGCCACUACAGGCCGCAUUCGCAGCUGGGAUUCAACGUUGGUGCCACAGAAAGCCACUACGGAUUCCCGCUCAUGUCGCGGUGGGAUACCCACAACGCGUCGCAGACGCAGCUCGCCAAACCGAUGACGAACAUCAUGCACCCUUGGCCCACGGCGUCGACGACAGAUGUUCGAGGACGGCGGGCAGAAGCGGUGAUGGACAGCAGUGGCACGGACACGGACAGCGACGCGCCACCCAUAAAGCUUAGCGGGCCACUCACACGCGGCGCGUCCAACAACUCGACGACGAACAGGCUCACAAAGUUCCUUCUGCCGAAGAAGAACAGCGUUUCGAGCGGCGUGGCGACGGACACGAGCGCCAGCGUCACCUCCAGCCCAGCGUCGACGCCACAGAGGGAGGGCAAAAGCAAAAGGCGUCAGGCGGUGCGCAAGUCGACCAUCUCGGCCCCCAUCAUUGCUAGCGCGACUUGGGAAGCGCACGACCGAGACCAUGGCAGCGUCGCGAUCGCUAUUCAAGCCAAAAGUGCGAUUACAGCGAAUCGUUGUCCAACGCCAGAGGUGUAUGCGCCAUUUAGUGGUAACGAGAACGAGGCAAGACGUCUUGAUGCCGUUGAGCCUACCAACAACACGCGGAAGGGGAACACGCAUUCGAAGACGACACCAGAUCCGGGUGCAGCAGUUGUGGUGACACCGGAAGCUUCUUCGAAUGGCACUGGUAGAGAAGGACACUCAUCUGACACUGAUAUCGCCGCCCACUACUUAAAGGUAGGGGUCCCCGUACAGGUGGUGGAUGCCACUCCUCGACACCGCAGGGAGAAGACGCUCCCUGUCGAGCCUGCUAUCGGGUCUGUGCAGGCUCCCUUGCCUGCUCCUGCUCGCCAGCGAAGUCGAGCGACGACACCGAUACCUCCAGCAGCGGCGCAACCUGCAGCACCGGUAGCUCCAGCUUCAGGACAAGCUCAGCCGCCGCCACCACCUCCUAAGAUGUUCAAGCGACGCACAUCCUCGGUACCCGUCCCGCUCUCGACUCCUACGGCUUCGUCAAAGGCAAAAUCACCGCCCGGUACAACCGCCAACGGGUCGCUAAGCGCCCAAACACAAGGCCUGCCCACCACACAGUCCAUCUCGAAUACGUCGAUUGUGAAUAUCUCGAUUUCGACACCCCACCCUGCCCCGCCACCAGAGUCACUCGCGGACCACACAGCCAACGCGGACGCGUACAUCGCACCCCGGCCUGCACCACGCCCACCGGGGAUCUUGCGGUCUGGGACUGAACCACUAAAGGGCACGGACGACGUCGAUUCGGACAUUGCUGGCGGAAAGGUAGCGAGAAGCUCGGAGUCAGAGGUGGAGAGGAAGCGGUCGGUAGUGGUGGUGGCGCCUUCGAAGCAGGGAAGGACGAAGUCCAAGCCGGGGGUGAAGUUGCCGAAGGAAUGCACCAAGGUGGAAUACCCAGGGAGAGGAGAAGCAGGUUCCUCCUUCCCUCCGCCGCCGCCUGUCCCAAAGUCGCCUCCUCCUACCGGCAACAGGCACAAGAUGAAGCCGGAUGUCCACAGCGAGAAAUCCUCAGCCACCACCGCAUCUCCUUCUCCAACCGAAUGGGCCCUCCCAACAGCAGCCCAGAUUGCCGACGCUGCGGCACACUACGUGACGGGGGAGGACGGGAAGCACGUCUCCUUCGGAUCGCUCUUCAGGAAGCAGCGGACGGUUGUCGUCUUCAUCAGGCACUUCUGGUGCCCCCUAUGCCAGGACUACAUGUCGGCGUUGACGACGCUCGUGAAGCCCGAGAUGCUCUUGGCGGAUUCGGAGGACGCGGAUUGGGAGAAGAUCGCGGUUGAGGAGGCGAUGGAGGCGAAGGGCGAGAAACUUGGCGAGAAGGAGCAGGUGGAAGGGAAAGAGAGGGAGAGGAAGAAGCAAAAGGUGGACUUUGUGAUCAUCAGCAACGGCGCGUACGGGAUGAUCGCGAAGUACAAGCAGAUAUUCGCGCUGCCCUUCAAGGUGUACACGGACCCUUCGCUCGCGGUAUACAAGGCUCUCGGGAUGGGCCGCGAAGGCGACCUGUUGGCGCAACAGUAUCAACAUCGGCGCGAACACCUCCAUCAACGUCAGCCGAAUCACCGCGAACGACAGCAUGAGAAGCAAAGGAAUAAAGGGUAUCAAUCACAGUCCGAGUCAGAGAAGUCAGAGAAGGAGAAGAGGGGGAAGCGUGAUGGCUAUGUGAAGCAUGGGUUGAUGAGUGGCUUUGCGAUGGUCGUCGUGCGUGCUAUCAAGGUGGGCAUGCCGGUCUGGGAGAAGGGCGGGGACGUUGGCCAGCUCGGUGGGGAGUUCGUGAUGGGCCCAGGGUUGACAUGCUCGUAUGCGCAUCGAAUGCAGUCGACGAAAGACCAUGCCCCAAUUCAGGAUGUCCUCCAAGCGGCGGGAGUGCGUUUACCGUCGCCAUCACCGGCUCCCGGCCGUCGUAAGAGUGGUCCGGACGGACCGCGUGCCCACCGCACGCGCCAUCAUGGUCACUCGCACUCAGAAAUCCUCGACAGCUUGUCGACUCUCCCACAGCAAGAAAACGAACGAGGAAAAGAAAGCAAAGCCGACUGUCGCCCUCGUAAGAGACGCGAGAGCAUGAGAACUAUCCGGGAAUCCCUCGCACGUGCGAACAGCGCAGGUGUCACUGUGUCGCCCCUCGGCCGACGCGAAUCGCGCCGGUACUCGAUUGGUGUCGUCAUGACGCGCGAGGAGGAAGAAGAGUGGAUGGAGGAGCGCCAGCGCCAUGUGGAACGUUUGCAAGAGCGGAAGCAAGUCAGGCGCGUCCUUGGUGCACCUGGGCUGAGCAGAGCAUCGAGUGUCCUCGCGAACCACUCUGGUAGCGGUGCAGAUGGCGGUGGUUUGGGCGGUGCAGGCGUUUUAAGAGAGGAUGAUCUUGACCAGAAGGAGAGAGAAGUCCAGGUGGACAAGACGAUGAAGUUGCUCGAGGCCGCUGGAGCGAAAAUCGAGCGUGUGAAAGAGCACGAGGAGCGGGAGAAUGCGGGCGACCUGCCACGAUUGCCCCUCGUUGAAGAAGACCGAUGA